AUGAUUCCGCCGCUGGCGGGCGCCGCCGUGGAGGACCCGUUCAAGCUUGACCCCCGGCCUCUCUUUCUUGUCUCGACAGCCUCGGCAGACGACUCCCCAGAGGCGCCUUGUGUCGCUUACACGAACCCAGCCCUCGCAGACCAUGCCGACCUCGUCGAGAUUGUCGGGUCGCCAAAGACGAACCAUGCCGGCCUGUGGGCUUGGAUACAGGACGAGAGCCGCUCGUUCGCUUACAUGGGGAGAUACUGGACCAAGUACCGGCUCAGCGAGACGUUGCUCGUCGUGUCCACGAAUGACGAACGCCCGUUUACUUUCUCUAACAGAGAGGACUCGAGAUCGCGGAGGGGCUCACUAGCUCACAAUGCCUCUGGGCUUUCCGCGCUGACUGGGAGCCUACCGCACCAUCUCAAACACCAUGAAGGGCGACGCUCGAUGACGCCGAAUUCCGAACCAGAAACGGUCAUACAAGCACUGCAGAAGUCGGCGGCGAUGGAGCCAGAGUUAGCUCCGCCAGACUUUAUGCCGGACCAGGAGCCGUUCCUCGAUGUUGUCGACAGCAUCGACUGGGCUUCAACCCCCCUAGGCCCCGUGCGAAACUGGCCUGCACGGCUGCAGCAGGCGUUCAGCCACAUACUGGCCGACUCCCGGCCCAUCGCCAUCUACUGGGGGGACGACUAUACCACCGUAUACAACGAGGCUUUCAGCAGGCUCUGUGGCAGCAAGCACCCGAGCCUUUUGGGCAAGCCAGUCGACGAGGCCUGGCCUGAUGUCGCUGCUCGCCUCAAGGAAGCAAUGAAGACGAGCGCGCAAAAGCAGAGGGCCAGCCUGGAGGACGAAUGGCGGUUCUUUGUCGAGAGAGCUGAUGCCUGCCCCGAAGAGACUUAUCUCCGUUGGUCAAUCAUGCCCAUCAUUGAGGGAAACACGGCCCUCGGUUUCAUGCAUCCCGUCUUGGAGACGACGUCAAUGAGGCUCUGGGAGAGGAGAAUGAAGAUGCUCAUCGAUCUUGGCGAAGGCCUUGUGACGUCGCGCGACAUCAAGUCGUACUGGCAGAAGACGAUCGAGGAGCUGGAAGACGUCGAGCCUCGGUAUGACAUUCCUCUAGCCAUCCUGUACUCUGUUCAGGACGAGCAGGAUAUCCCAGCGGAUGCUCCUCGUACCUACGACUGCACCAAGAUUUGUCAGCUCGAGGGCACACUUGGAGUCCCGAGCCGUCACAAAAUCAGCCCUCCCGUCCUCGAACUACGCCAUAGCGAUAUCGGACUAUCAUCCAUGUUCCGCGAAGCACUAACAGACCGACGUCCGCUACUGCUUCAAACUAGGGAUGGGAGUCUGCCAGAACACCUACUCGAAGGCCUCGAAUGGCGGGGUUUCGGCGAUCCUUGCACGGAGGCAAUCAUCUGCCCCAUCCGUCCCACCAAAGAAGAGAACGUCAUGGGCCUGUUGUUUCUGGGCCUCAAUCCCAGGAGGCCCUACGAUAAUGACUACCAGCAGUACAUCUCAUUGUUGAACCAGAAACUGACGACGUCUCUGGCCUCGACGGUCUUGCUUGAGGAGGAAGCGCGUCGAGGACGCAACGCAGCUCAGCAGGCUGAAUAUGAUCAAGCCAUGCUUAGGGAGAAGCUUGAUCUCCGGACGAAGGAAGCAACAGAGUUCAUUCGGCGAUUCGAGGCAGUCUCCGAGUUCAUUCCGGUCGGCAUGUGUUUCGGAGACUUCCUGGGCGACAUUACUUUUGCCAACGAUGCUUGGUAUAGGAUCACGGGAUGUCAACCUCAGGCAAGCGGCGUCAUUGCUCUCCAGGACUUCCUUUCGUGCGUAGUCGAGGAGGACAGGGACGGCAUCAUGAAGGCAUACGAGGGCCUCGCGACGCAGAAUAUCGUCGAGUUCGAGUUCAGGGUGAAGCUGCACGAGUCUAGAGACUCCGAAGCUGCAUCGAUCCAGACGUCGCCGAGUUUCGAGGAAACCCCACUGAACCUCAUCGAGAUAGGAGGGCGUCCGACCGAACGGCAUGUCCUGGCCUCCGCAAAGGCCGAGCAAGCCCCCGACGGCAGCGUCGUCCGGGUCAUGACUUCGCUGACGGACGUGACCCUCCAUAGGAAAACAGCGGAGGAGGCCGUGCGCAGAGCACAAGAAGCCGAAAACCUGAAACGAAUGGCAGAGUUUGCUACCGUGGGGCUGUACGAUAUGAACCUGGAUGGCCGUCUCGUGGGGGCGAACAAUGUGUUUUUCGAGAUGUGCGGGCUCGACAAGGUGACGGACCUUGCGACCACGGUCCUCAAACCCUGGGAGGAGUGCGUUGUGAAGGAGGAUCUGGAGGUGCUCGAGCAGAGCGUGGCGAGGAUGGUCGAGGAAGGGCGCAACCAGACUGCCGAGAUCCGCCUGAAGGUUCCGUUCAUCGCUGAAGAUGGCGGCGGGGACAAAUUCGUUGCGCCGAGGUGGGUGUCGGCAACCUUUAUGCCAGUCAGGACUUCUGAAGGCUUGAUCCAUUCCUUCACGGGAUGUCUGAGCGACAUUUCGCUGCAGAAGUGGCAGCUCGACCGGGAGAGGCAGCGCAAGGAUGAAGCGAUCGCCUCCAAACGCAGGCAAGAGAACUUUAUCGACAUGACCUCGCACGAGAUGCGCAACCCGCUGAGCGCCAUCAUCCAUUGCGCAGACGCCAUCAUCGCCUCGCUGGCCAAGGUGGAGGAACUGACUGCGCGGCACGCUGUGGCUUCUGUCGUCGAGGCCGAUCACAAGACUCCGGUGCUUGUGAAUGGCAUAUUGAAGGACAGCCACAUCCAGAAGCGGCAGCUGAUCUCGAACAGCAUCGAGAACGCCGAGACAAUUAUUGCGUGCGCUCAGCACCAGAAGCGCAUCGUUGACGACAUCCUGACCAUGUCGAAGCUGGACUCGAAGCUGCUGGCCGUGACUCCGAUAACGGUGGAUCCGGUGCACAUCAUGCAAGAGGCUCUCAAGAUGUUUGAGGUCGAGGCUCGCCGGACAGACAUCAACCUCAGCAUGGCGGUCGAUCGGUCUUAUCGAGACCUGGACAUUUCCUUCCUCGACUUCGACCCUUCGCGUCUCAAGCAGGUCCUCAUCAACCUGUUGACGAACGCGUUGAAGUUCACAAAGUCGGGCCCGACGCGGAAUGUGUCUGUGACUCUGCUGGCAUCCAAGGCGCGGCCAAGCGAUGCGACUUCCUCUGUCCAGUUCAUCCCUCCGUCCGAGGAGCAGUACGAUCCUGACCUGAACCUCGUGCUGCCCAGCAGAGGGCGGCCCGACCCUGUCUAUCUGCUUUUCGAGGUCAAGGACACGGGCCAGGGUCUGACCGAGGACGAGAAGAACAGCCUGUUCCGGCGAUUCGUUCAAGCCUCCGUCCGUACACAUGUCGAGUAUGGCGGUUCGGGUCUCGGCCUCUUCAUCAGCCGCCGCCUGACCGAGAUGCAGAAUGGCGCAAUCGGGGUCGCGUCGAAGCCAGGAGUCGGCUCCACGUUUGCGUUCUACAUUGAGACCUUCCGGCCCAACGAGACAGCUCUGCGAGAAGCCGAAGCGAGCGCCGCGCUCUCGAAGCGGGCCUCGAUUGCAUCGAUGCACAACAACCUGCCGCUCCUGCCAUCGCACAUCAACACGGGCGCGGGGAAGCCGGUGAACGGGGCCGUCAGCGCCCAGCCGGUGCAGCUGCCCCAAGCUCCCGAGAUCAACGGCAUCCUGAUCGUCGAGGACAACCUGAUCAACCAGCAGAUCACGCGCCGGGGCCUGUCGGACCGGGGCUACAAGGUCGACAUCGCUAACCACGGCGUGGAGGCGCUGGAGAAGCUCCGGCUCAGCGACCGGUGCCCGCCGGGCACGGUCCCGCUGUCCCUGAUCCUGAUGGACAUCGAGAUGCCGGUCCAGGACGGCCUGACGUGCACGCGGCUGAUCCGGCAGCUGGAGAAGGAAGGGAAGAUCGCGGGCGGCCGCAUACCCAUCAUCGCGGUCAGCGCCAACGCGCGCCUGGAGCAGAUGAACGAGGCCAAGGCGGCCGGGUGCGACGACGUGCUCGUCAAGCCGUACCGCAUGCCCGAGCUCAUCGAGAAGAUGAACGUCGUGGUGACGCGCCUGCGGGCGCUGGAGGCGGAGGAGGCGGAGGAGGAGAAGCAACAACAACAACAACAGUGUGACUGA